AUGGGUUUAACUGAAAAAUCUGGAUUCUUCCCCGAUUAUUAUCUCAACCUAAAGAACUCAAAUUUAUCAAGUUUUGAUAAAGAAAUUGAAAAGAUUGCGGAAUGUCACAAUGAUGUCGAGCGCAUGGCUUUUGUUGAUCAAUUGACAUUUGUGAAAGAACGUGAUGAUGAUCUACGAGUACGACGUGAAUAUAAUGGAAAAGAUAGUGCUAUUGCAGCUGAUCUAAAAGAAAAAGGGAAUUCAGCUUUUAAAGCUAAAAAAUGGUUGGAAGCUAUGAUGUUGUAUACCAAAAGCUAUGUUGCGGUGCCACAGGAGAAAGCGGUUGAUAAAGCAAUAGCAUUGGCCAAUCGUUCGGCAACAUUGUACCACAUGAAGAAAUAUGAUGAGAGCCUGAUUGAUAUAAAGAGAUCAAUGGAACUAGGCUAUCCAAAAGAUUUGCUUUAUAAAUUAUACGAACGACAAGCACGUUGUUAUAUGGCUAAAAUGAACUAUCCCUGUACGAUUGCUGCUUUCAAGAAAUGCAUAACGGCGAUAGAUGAUUCCAAUCUACCAAGUGACAAGCGUGGAAAAAUGAAUUUGGAUGCUAUGACCAUGAUUAAAAUGUUAGAAAGAGAUAAUCGCACUGCUAAACAAGCUGAGAAACAAAAGAAAAUGGGUGAAGUCAAACUUUCUUUAGCUUUACCAGCAGAGAAAGAGUUUAUUAGUUCCACAGUUCGCUUUGAUCAGAAUAGAGAAGAAGGCCGUUUUGCACGUGCUAAUGCGGAUAUAAAAGUGGGGGAAGAAAUUCUUGUAGAGAAACCAUUCGUAGCGGUGCUUCUAGAGAAAUAUGCAAAAACGCAUUGUGAAAACUGUUUUUCACGUACUGCUAUACCCGUUGCUUGCUCUAAAUGUGCUGAUGUUAUAUAUUGCUCAGAGGAGUGUCAGACUCAUGCUUCAAAAACAUAUCAUAAAUAUGAGUGUGGAAUUUUACCUUUAAUAUGGCGUUCUGGUGCAUCCAUUAACUGUCAUAUGGCAUUACGUAUUUUUGCUAGUAAGUCUGUGGAUUAUUUUCUUAAAAUAAAGGAUGACGUUAACAAGCAGUUUACGAUACAGGAAAUUCAAAAACUUCCUAAAGACGAUUUUCAUCGCAUAUCACAUUUAGUUCGUCAUGAAGAUACUCGUACAUCAUCGAAUUUCUUUCAACAUGCAUUGAUGGCACGUUUCCUUACCAAAUGUCUACAAGAAAGUGGUUACUUUGGUGAGAAAGCUAGUCAACGUAAUAUAUUGGAUAUAAGUGGACUUUUGCUUUAUACGCUUCAGCUCCUACAAUACAAUACACACGAAGUGGCAGAACUCCACAAAUACCAAUCAGAUGGCAAUGAGAAGACUAUAUUUAUUGGUGGUGCACUAUAUCCAAAUUUAGCACUUUUCAAUCAUUCUUGUGAUCCUGGUAUUGUGAGAUUUUUCCGUGGCAACACAAUACACGUCAAUACAAUUCGUCCAAUUGAAGCUGGUCUGCCCAUAUCAGAAAAUUAUGGUCCUAUGUAUACACAAGAAUCGCGUGAAGAACGACAAUCUAAACUUAAAGAUCUAUAUUGUUUCGAUUGUAGUUGUGAUGCUUGCUUAGAGAACUGGCCAACUUUUGAAAACUUGCCCACUGAUGUUAUACGUUUCCGUUGCGAUGCACCUAAUACAUGCACCUCAAUUAUUGAGGUCCCAGCAACAUGUAAUGAUUUUAUGGUUAAGUGCGUUACUUGUGGUGAAUGUACAAAUAUAUUCAAAGGCCUUAAGGUUAUGCAGGAUACUGAAAUGAUGACACGUACCGCAAAACGUCUUUAUGAUACUGGUGAAUAUUCAAAGGCUUUAAAUAAAUAUAUCGAUUUAUUAAAAAUAAUGUAUGAAGUUUUGGCACCACCAUUUCCUGAUUUUUGUCAGUGUCAACAAAGUCUUAAAGAUUGUUUUUUGCAUUUUGGAAAUUUCUAUAAUUUGGACUAAAUAUUUA